GGCACCCUGCGCUUAUGCCAGGCCUCUGGAAGUUUCCUACAACACUAAUGUCUCAUGUCAAGCCCGGAGCUGCUCUAAUAUCACUACUCAGGCCUGGAACAACUUAUUUGGCCUCGUGGGAGCUGGAAAAGGUGAAUUCGAAGAAAUGGCUGAAGCAAUACCACUGCAGGAGAAAAAGCAGAAAACUCUACCUCGCUCUGAUGGGUGUGGUCUGAAUAACUCUGAAGGUAUGCUCAUUCAUUCUCUGGACUUGUCUGGUGGUUUGAGGAUCGUCUUGGUGGGGAAGACGGGAUCAGGGAAGAGUGCAACAGGAAAUACCAUCCUUGGGAAAGCUGCAUUCAAAGAGGACCCCAGCCCUGUCUCUGUGACCAAAAACUGUAAGAUACAGAGCGGGGAAGUGGACGGGACUGCGAUCAAGGUGAUCGAUACUCCUGGACUUUUUGACACAGACAUCACAGAGGAAGAACUAAAGACUAGGAUAGAGGAAUGUGUCAAGAUGUCCGUGCCCGGCCCUCACGCCUUCCUGCUGGUGAUCAGGCUCGGAGUGCGGUUCACUGAGGAGGAGCGAAACGCUGUGAAGUGGAUCCAAGAUAACUUUGGAGACGAUGCCUCCAUGUACACCAUCAUGCUGUUUACAUUUAAAGAUCAGGCCGAUGCUGAAGAUGCUCUGAAGGAGUGCAAGGAGCUGCGGAAAAUCCAAGACAGUUUUGGAGGCAGAUACCACGCUUUCAACAACAAGGACGCAGACAACCAAGUGCAGGUCAAAGAGCUGAUCACCAUGAUCAAGGCAAUGGUACAGAAGAAUGGGGGGAUGAACUACACUAAUGCGAUGUAUGAGAAGGCCCAGCAGAAGCUAAAAGAGGAGGAGGAGCGCAGGAAACAAGUGGAGGAGGAGAAGAAACAGGAAGAGAGGAAACAGUGGGAGGCCGAGAGGGAGAAGCAGGAGAAAGAGAGAAAGAAGGAGAAAAAUGUUAAAGUAAAGCGUUUACGUGUAGCCUCUGCAGUUGCUAUUACGUUGUUGGUAGUUGGGGUGGUUAUAGCAGUGGGAACUAACACGACAAUGGCUUUGGUUCUGGGAGCUCCUGUGCUCGUCCUGGGUGUGUUGUGCGGUUUAGCGGCUAUUUUGAUAUGGAAAGGAAAAACAUGGUUGGGACCAGCCAUGUGUUUGAAAGACCCAAGCCCAAUUUGAGU